AUGAAUGUCAAGUCGAGGAAAGCAGGCACCGGCUUGCGACAAAUAGACUUUGGAAGCGAGUGGAUAUCCCUGGCCGCCAACUGCCACCAUCCGGGCCACCAUCCGGCCACCGAAAAGGGACACGCUGGAGAGAGAAUCAUCGAGGAACUAACAGCGGGUACGGCCGGACCAGCCGGAAAUGGAAAUGCCAAGAGACAAAGGACACAAGGCAAGCAGGCCAAUGGCUCGAUGGAUGGGCGAACCGGCGCGCACGGGACGGUUGAGGACAGGAAGUCGAAAGGGAGGGUGGAUAUCGAAGCAUCGACGGCCACCGCAGGCGUGGGGAGGAGGGGAGGGGUGAGCGAGACCACCAUCGCCGGCCAAGUGACGGACGGCGUGCAUGGAUGCGUGUCCUCUUCCGUGACGGGUCGACGGACCGAGGACGGCAUGAUGCAUGAGGUGGUCGCCAUCACGUCCAGACCCCACGGUACCCCCUCACCCUUCGACGACGCAGGGGCGGGUCGAGCUCGGAAGCGUCGGUUGGCGAUGACGUCCCCUCAACACGACCAUGACGACGGGGAAGGCGGGCAAGGAAGGGGUUUCGCCCCGGCGGCUCUGAGGGCAAAGCCAUCGAGAGGCCCGUACCAAAUCGCCGCCGAUUCGUCGGCUCGCAAGGCCAUGCUGUGGACCCGGCGAGGCAUGCCCCAAAGACGAGAAAUCGACGGCACGGAGCCACGACCCCUCGAACGCAGCCAGGGGUGCCCUAGGGCAGAGGGCCAGCACCCGGCACAGACGCACCAGUAG